UUGAAAUCCUCACAGAAGGAUAAAGUGCGUCAGUUCAUGGUCUUCACACAGUCUAGUGAAAAGACAGCAGUGAGUUGUCUUUCUCAAAAUGACUGGAAGUUAGAUGUUGCAACAGACAACUUCUUCCAAAAUCCUGAACUUUAUAUACGAGAGAGUGUUAAAGGAUCAUUGGACAGAAAGAAGUUAGAACAACUAUAUAACAGAUACAAAGAUCCUCAAGAUGAAAACAAAAUUGGUAUAGAUGGUAUACAGCAGUUUUGUGAUGAUCUAGCUCUUGACCCAGCCAGCAUUACUGUACUCAUCAUUGCGUGGAAAUUCCGAGCUGCUACGCAGUGUGAAUUUUCAAAGCUGGAAUUCAUGGAUGGAAUGACAGAGCUAGGAUGUGACAGCAUAGAAAAACUGAAGGCCCAGAUUCCUAAAAUGGAACAAGAAUUAAAAGAGCCAGGAAGAUUUAAGGAUUUUUAUCAGUUUACUUUCAACUUUGCAAAGAAUCCGGGACAGAAAGGUUUAGAUUUAGAAAUGGCCAUUGCCUACUGGAAUUUAGUACUUAAUGGAAGAUUUAAAUUUCUAGACUUGUGGAACAAAUUUUUGUUGGAACAUCAUAAAAGAUCAAUUCCAAAGGAUACCUGGAACCUUCUUCUAGACUUUAGUACAAUGAUAGCAGAUGAUAUGUCUAACUAUGAUGAGGAAGGAGCAUGGCCAGUUCUUAUUGAUGACUUUGUGGAAUUUGCACGCCCUCAAAUUGCUGGGACAAAAAGUACGACAGUCUAGCACUAAAGGACCCUUCUAGAGUGUACAUAGUCUGUACAAAUACCUGAAAUGGAAAAUUGCACAGUCAAUUUCUGCUGGCUGGACUGAACUGAACAUCAAUCCUCACAAUAUGGCUGAGGGUUGAGACAAACCUUUAAGGAUACAUCUUGGACCAUAUCGUAUUUCAUUCUUCUACUGGUGGUUUGGGCUUUUCUUCUAGUCUGGACCACUCUUGCCUGUUAAGAUUCCAACAUUGUGGAUUUCAUCAUGGAUUUUGGUUUGGCUUUUUAUUUUUUGGUUUUCUUUUUGUUUGAUGGACCCACCCUAGUUUCAUCUCCCAUAAGUCCUAGAAGCUUUAUAAUUAUUUUGAGGUUUCUGGUUUCACAUAAAGCACAAUGCUGUUCAUCAUCAGACAACUGAAUUAUACAGAUCAACAUCA